AAUGAUGUCUGACAUAACAUAAAUCAGACCAAUAAAAGGAUACCACCCUUGAAAUAUUUAACUUUCCAAACGCGACGUCGCAUCUAUGCCCUUCUGCUUGGAACGCCACCGUUGCAAAACCCAGAGACUGUUAAAUCUGCAAUUCCGCAUUGAAUUUUAAACCCUAAACCCUCUGCACAAAAUUCCUCAGAAGAACUCAAUGCAAAUCCUGAAAUCAUCUUCCAUUUUCUCAACUUCCCAUUUCCCCAAUUUCCCCAUAAAGCCCAGAUCAUUUAUUCUUCUUCUCUACUAUUCUUCUUCUUCUUCUUCUUCUUCUUCUUCUUCUUCUUCUUCCACCUCAGUUUCAAAUUCUCCCCUUCUCAAUUACCUUGUAAAAAACUUGGAUUUCACUGAAACUCAAGCCCUUUCAAUCGCUAACCGUUACCCCAACGUGAAAUCCUUUGAAAAGGCCCAAGCUGUUGCCAACUUUUUCCGAAAUCUUGGCUUUUCUAAUGCCCAAAUAGCCGCUUCUCUCCGAAACGCGCCCCAAAUUCUCUUUGCCAAUGUAGAAACGAAGCUUAGGCCAAAAAUCAAGUUUUUUCAAGAUCUGGGUCUUGUGGGACCUCACCUGGGUAAGUUCCUUUCCAGGAAUUCUGUGCUUUUAGCUUGUAGUUUAGACAAAAAGUUGAUUCCUUCUUUCCAAAUUGUCAAGAAAGUUUUAGGGAAUAAUGAUAAUAAGGACCUGAUUAAGGUCUUCAAUAGAAGUAAUGGGUUUAUUGCCAGAGAUUGCAUAUUAAAGUUGUCGAGAAACAUUGGAUAUUUGGAGAGCUGUGGGAUUGUUGGGUCUCAGCUCUCAAGGUUAUUAAAGAGACAACCUAGGAUUUUCAGAAUGCGAGAAUCUGCAUUAAGGGACCUCGUUUCAAGGGUUUUAGAUAUGGGGUUUUCAACUGAUUCAAGGAUGUUAGUAUAUGCUAUUCAUACUAUGAAUUGCUUGAGUGAACAAACAUUUAAGAAGAAAUGGGAACUACUUAAGAGUUUUGGUUUUUCAGAAAAUGAAAGGGUGGAUAUGUUUAGGAAGGCCCCAGGUUUGCUUAGGACCUCUGAGGAGAAAAUGAAGUUAGGAAUUGAGUUCUUUACGAAUGUAGCAAAGUUUGAUAAGAAUGUGCUGGCUUCUAGACCACGUCUGUUGAUGAAUAGCUUGGAACAUCGAGUGAUUCCUCGAUACAGAGUUUUGCAGAUUAUCAAGACAAAGAAGUUGUUGAAGAAGGAACCGAGUUUUCUUAACAUUUUGGACUAUACGGAGAAUGAAUUCUUAAAGUUUAUCUCAAGGUUUACAGAUAAUGUGGAGGAACUGUUGAUAGCUUACAAGGCUCAUCUUUUGCACACUUCAGAAGAAGAAGAAGAAACAUGUUAGAAGUCAGUUUUUGUUUAACUUGGUUUCUCUUUGACUUGCACCAAUCUUAAUUAAUAAAGGCCAGCUUUGAGCCUACAUGUUGAUACAAUCAGAAAUUAGGCAUGUGACAGGUUCUGAGUUUGUUGUUUGACAAGAUAGGAAAUAUCAAUCGUAAUAUUUAAGAUGCCUUUUGAUGUUUUAUGGAACUUGAAGGAUCAAUCACUGUGAUGGUCUCCAAGUAGGCACCAGGGUUCAGUUUCUCAUGCAAGCUGGAUGGCUGUGACGAAGAGAUUUGCUACAAGGGAAGCUGAUCAAUGACGAUACACAUUUGAUUCUUUUUUUUGCAGGCAAUUCUGAAAUUGUAACUUUUUGAAUGCACAGUCUUCAAAACUGUAUGAUCCUUUUUUCAAGGGAAGUGUUUAUAAACUCAGUUUUUGGGGCUGCAGCACAUGAUCUGAUCUGGCCGAGAAUGUUGUGAAGGCCUAAGAACUGUUACAAGAUGUUGGCGAGUUGAUGGUUUAUGUUAAGGGCUAAGUGAAACAGAUUGAUUGAUGUUCCAGGAUAAGAAUUCAAAGAUAGUUGGCCUUAAUUUUUGCUUCUUGGCAUGAUACUUUGACUUAGUUUCUCUUCAUCAUGAUUACCUGACUUGGGGCAGCUACAUUUGGAUUGGUACUUGCUGCAUAUUAGGACUGAGAUGGACAAGUUUGUGAAAUUAAGGUUUAGCUAUUACAUUGGGACUCAGAUGGAGGUGGUUCAAUGGUAGGCUUUCCUGCCAGAGCUAUACUGUUAAACCUCUUAGCGUAGUAUCGGGGGCUUAAAUUUGGGCCUCUGGGAGCUUUAAGGUAAGGCUAACUAUUACCAAAAGCACCUCAAACGGCUUCAUUUAUGUAACAUUUUGAAUUGUAAUUUAUUUCAUUUUUUCACUUCUGUUCCAUCAUUUACAACAGCAUAUCUCAAAGUCAGUGCACUCGCUGCCGGUGUUAGAUGUGCAAUAUUCAUGUAUUCAUCAGUAGUGCAGGUUGGAAUAGGGUCGGAAAUAUUUGUACAUUGCCCAACAAACUGAGUA